AUGUUCGAAAGGGCAUUAUGUGAUCUUGGUGCAAGUGUGAGCGUCAUGCCUAAAGUUGUGUUCAAGAAGCUACGCCUGCUGGAGCCAGAACCAACUGCUAUGUGCUUGGAGUUGGUGGACAACACCGUUCGCUAUCCUGAAGUCAUUGUUGAAGAUGUACCUGUGAAGAUCAUGAAUCACUUUGUCCUUGUUGACUUCGUAAUACUCGAGAUGGGAGAAGGAGCUAAAUCCCCACUCAUCCUGAAGAGGCCGUUCCUGAAGACCGCAAGAGCAAACAUAGAUGUUGGGAAGGGCGAGAUCAAGUUCGAUAUUAAUGGCACUAUGAGCACAUUCAAUUUUCACCCAUACUUUUAG